AGGACAGUAAAGUUCGAGGGAUCUACUCUAACUACCGACGUGACGAGUGGACUUUGGUCCUGCCUCAAUGCCUUUUCGAUGUUACAUACUCUCAUCAUCUCAGACUCGUCUCUCAGUUUCCCUCCAUCUCCUCCGGAGCUUCUAUCCGUCACAGAGCUAUCAGCUGAGAGAGUGACGUCACAAAGCUACGAAGGAGUGCUCUCAACGAUACACGGAGUGAGAGAUAUCGAUGUCUCUAUCGAUGUUGCAGAGACGAGCAACACUUUCCAGAUCACCACCGCAUCCAGGCCUACGAAUCAGGCUAUGGAUGAACAGUUCUUUGUUCAUAUCAGACUACACGCCUUGACAUCACUCACCACAGACAGGAAAAUCGAAUCAGGAGAGACAAUUGGAGGGCUUAGUCUUCUAUUUGAAGACCAAACCAAAAACCAACAACGGCUGCAUGUGUCCGGGGUGAUGGGCAGAGACGAAGAAGCCUUGGUGGACCUGUUUGUCAAGACUAAACAACUAACGUACUUGAAUUCGGGGAGUGGAGGUGGUACUCUACACAAAAAGAACAACGUCCAGAAUACUAGGCUUGAGAUACAGCAGUGCCAGCUAUCUACUGAGAUGACCGACAAGUUGUGGUCCUGCCUCAGAUCCUUUACCUCACUGAAACAGCUCAGCAUCUCAGACUCCUCUCUCAGUUUCUUUCCAUCUCCUCCUGAGCUUCCAUCCGUCACAAACCUAUCAGCCGAAAGAGUGACGUCACAAUGCUACGAAGGAGUGCUCUCAUCGAUACCUGGAGUGAGAGAUAUCGAUGUCUCUAUCGAUGUUGCAGAGACGAGCAACACUUUCCAGAUCACCACCGCAUCCAGGCCUACGAAUCAGGCUAGGGCUAUGGUUGAACAGUUAUUUGUUCAUAUCAGACUACACGCCUUGACAGCACUCACCACAGACAGGAAAAUUGAAUCAGGAAAGACAAUUGGAGGGCUUAGUCUUCUAUUUGAAGACCAAACCAAAAACCAACAACGGCUGCAUGUGUCCGGGGUGAAGGGCAGAGACGAAGAAGCCUUGGUGGACCUGUUUGUCAAGACUAAACAACUAACGUACUUGAAUUCGGGGAGUGGAGGUGGUACUCUACACAAAAAGAACAACGUCCAGAAUACUAGGCUUGAGAUAGAGCAAUGCCAGCUAUCUACUGAGAUGACCACAAAGCUGUGGUGCUGCCUCAGAUCCUUCACCUCACUGGACUCUCUCAGCAUCUCAGACUCCUCUCUCAGUUUCCCUCCAUCUCCUCCUGAGCUUCCAUCCGUCACAGAGCUAUCAGCUAAGAGAGUGACGUCACAAAGCUAUGAAGGUCUGCUCUCAUCGCUUCCUGGUUUGAGAGAGAUCGAUAUCACUAUCGAUGAUGCAGAGAGAGACAUACCUCAGUUCACGGCUUGUCUUCGUCGGACCGGAGGACAGCAGCUCAUACACAUCAAGCUUAGAGCAGCGUCAUCACUCCCAUCAGAGAAGAAGAGUGUAUCGAGAGAGACGAUGAGAGGACUGGGUCUGCUGAUCAGAGAACAAACCAAGAACCUACAGUGGCUAAAUCUGUCCGGGAUAAAGUGCUUGGACGAAGAAGACUUGGUUGAACUUGUCGAGUCGUCAACAUAUUUGAAAGCAUUGGAUAGACUGCAUUUACAGUCUCUUGACGGUGGAUGUUUUGCAUACGAUGGAAAAUCGGGUGACCAGGACGAGUGUGGACUCCUCGUAAAGAAUUGCCAGCUAUCUACUGUGAUGACUGCCAGAAUGUGGCCCUGUCUCAGAUCCUUCACCUCACUGAACCAUCUCAGCAUUUCAGACUCUUCUCUCAGUUUCCCUUCAUCUCCUCCUGAGCUUCCAUCCGUCACAAAGCUAUCAGCUAAGAGUGUGACGUCACAAAGCUAUGAAGGUCUGCUCUCAUCGCUUCCUGGUUUGAGAGAGAUCGAUAUCACUUUCGAUGAUGCAAAGAGAGACAUACCUCAGAUCACGGCUUGUCUUCGUCGGACCGGAGGACAGCAGCUUACACGCAUCGAGCUUACAGCACCGUACACACUCCUAUCAGAGAAGAGGAGUGUAUCGAGAGAGACGAUGAGAGGACUGGGUCUACUGAUCAGAGAACAAACCAAGAACCUUCAGUGGCUGCGUCUGUUCUGGGUGAAGUGCACAGAUGAGGAAGACUUGGUUGACCUCAUAGAGUGCUGCAGACAUGUGAAGACGAUGUCAGAGCUGGUGUAGGUUCUUGUUUA